AUGGCAGGGUCAAAGCUGGUCAUUAUGCCCUUGGCCAGCCACUUUGUGCUAAGUAAAGAGCAAUGCCCCAAAACUGAGGUUGAAAUGCAAACAAUGGAAUAUGUACCUUACUCAAACAUAAUAGGAUCUGUGAUGUAUGCAAUGAUUGGUACUAGGCCAGACUUAUCCUUUGCUAUAUCUUUAUUAAGUAGAUUCAUGUCCAAUCUAGGAGCUAAACACUGGACAGCCUUAAAAUGGGUAAUAAGAUACAUAAACAAUACUCAUGGUGUUGGGUUAGAAUAUUGCAAUAGAGGCGUUUCACUUGAUUUGGUUGGUUUUGUAGAUGCUGACUUUGCAGGAGAUAAAGACACUAGAAAGUCAACCACAUCUCACUACUUCAUCCUUGGAGGCAACUGUAUAAGUUGGAAGACUCAGCUACAACCUAUUGUGACUAUCUCGUUGACUGAAGCUGAGUAUGUGGCAGUUGCCGAUGUGUUUAAAUAA